GAAAAAGGGGUGCAAUUGCAACCCUACUGGUUUGCUUUCUUUUUUCUUUUCUUUUCACUAUCUCCUUCGUCCCAGUUACGCUUCCGCAUCGUGUCCGGGUCGGUGCAGACGUCCACACAUAUAAACCGCCUCUGAUCGUUUUGCAGCACUCCCCACUCCUGCUCCGUUGUUCAGUGCUCGGCGCGCAGGAAAUUGACUUCGUUUAUCCAAUGAACACUCCCCCAUGCAACUCUCGUGCGCUGUUGCGGCUCGCGGUGCUGCUCGCGUUCAGCGCGCUGCUCUGCACCACGCAGCACACCAACGCGAAGGGGAUCCACGUCACGGUGGAGGCCUCGUGGAACGAAACCUCUUUUUUGCAGGAAGGGUGCGAGUGGGCCGGCCGCACGUUUGGCCCGACCGCCUUCUACAGCUGCGUGAAUGCACUGUGGGACUAUCACCUCCGACGUGGAAAUGAUCCCGUCGACGGUAACAGCGCAGCGAGCCACGAGGCGGUGAGCGCGCGCUACUCCACCCAGGAGGUGCAGUACACGGCCAUCUGGGAGUUGGCACGGACGCUAACGGAGACGCAGAUGGCUGACACGGCGCUCUUUGCGGUUGAGAUGUCCUCUCGCGUGUACUCGCCGGCGGUGGAGGCGCAUUACGCGACGGCGACGCAGACGCUGAGCGCAAUUUCCGCCUCGGAGCAGGGAGACAUUGCAGCUGCCUCGGCAUCACCACCACGAUCCACGGGCCCUUGCGGGGAGCCGUUUGGCGUGCUCUACACACCUGCGCUGUCUGCGAGUGGACAGAUGCAGGCGCAGCCGGUGCACUCCGCUGUCGAGCUGAAGGCGCUGCUGACGGCACUGGAGCAACACCAAGGUACAGCUGACUCUUCUUCACCGUCGUCGCGUGUGCCCGUGGUAUCUGUCCGGGAUGUGUCGCUGACUCGCCUCGACUACCGCUACCCCUCUCGUGCCCCCCAAUCCGAAGUGUCCGCCGUGUUGGUGCUGUAUGGCCUGCUUGGGUCGUCCGCCACGAAGGAACUGCACGAAGCAGCGGUGGAGUGGAUGGAAAAGGGCGAAGGUACCGUCCGCCCGACCUCUGACGCGGCCACCACGCCGACACUCGCGUACUUCUUCCGUCACUUGCCGGUGUCUCGCACGCGCCUCUGCGGGCCGACGGCCGCCGAGCAAGUACACGAGAGUAAGGAUCACGCCGCCCUCGUGGAGGAGCAGUGGGACACCCCGCUGGUGGUGCAGGGCUACGGAGUCACGGUGGACUUCAAAAACAUGGAGUACAAGGUCCUCGAUGAGAAGGCGACUGCGCAGCAACGCGCCAAGGCGGAGGCGGAGGGCAACGAUGCCGCCGCCAGCAGUCCGGCGGAGACACUCCUCGCACCGGCUGACCAGGCUGAUCGCGUCGUUGCGGGCUUCCACAUGCGACGCCUGACAGAGCGCUACCCCCACCUCGCGUUGUCGCUGAAGGAGCUAGCAACGUUGGUGGAGGACGAGAUGGGCGGCCGCGACUUGAAAGUCGACUUCGAUGUGUGGGAGCUGCAAAACAUCGGGCUCGCCGCGACGCAGUACAUCCGCGAAGUCGAGAACAGUAGCCGCCGCCUGCACGUGCUGAAGGAUGUCGUGAACCGGUUCCCCCUGUACGCCGCCGCACUCUCGCGCAUUGCCGCGCAGCCGAACCGCCUCGAAGUGGUGCAGAAAGCGCUCGCGGGGGUGCGUCAGCGGCUCUCACCGGGUGUGUCGGCGCUGUUUGUGGAGGGCUGGCGGGUGGAGGCGAAGGAUCUGAGCCUAUUUGGCGUGCUGGACGCGCUCAAGUCGAAUGAAGCGGUUUCGCACCACAUCAAGAGGGCCUUGACAACACGCCUAGUUCCACCCGGCGAAGAGGAGAAUAACGCAGUGGCGGCGCGCAAUGUUGCCACCGUGAAGGUCGCGCCGACGUUACUCGAGAAGGUGAGCAACUACGUGAAGCGCGCUGCGUGGCGGGCAGCGGAGGAGCACGGUGCCGGUGCCACCAGCGACGCCGCCUUCGCUAUCCCGGACCAAUACGUGACCUGGCUGAACGACGUGGAAGCAGAGGAACGCUUUGAGGGGAUGCCGAGGCAGCUGAAGACCUUCUUCACGCAGGCGUCGGGCGUCACUCCCUUUCCGCGCCGCAACUUGCUGCACUUUGUGUUUAUAUGGAAUGCGCUGCGAAGGUCGCACCUGCAGAGAAUAUCGAUGAUUUAUAACCUGAACCGCCAAGGCUUGCUGGCGCGCUACGGGCUGCUGCUGCUCGACCCAGAGUGGUCGCCAGAGGUCGCAUCGGAAACGACGACGGCGACCGGUGCGGCAGGACAGGCGGCGGGGUUUGCCGGGCAGUCCUCGCUUUCCCCCGAAGUCCUCGCUAUUUCGGCCCUCGCCUACCACCUCGCACAAGCCGGCCAGCCGCAGGCGUUGAUCGAGGUGAUCGUCCAGCUUCUUCAGGCCCAUGCGGCCGAGGACGCCAUAUCCGAGGACUUGAUUUCGUCGAACACGGUGCAGCAAGUGUGCCGCGGCGUGGCAGACGCGGUAUUCGGUUCGAGUCUGGAGGAGCUCAUGAGCAAUGUGGACUUCGUCAAUCACUACCACGAAACACAGGCGAUGCUCCGCCGAUUUCCGAUGGCCGAGUACCCGGCCGCCUUGAUCAACGGCGUCGUGCUCGACUCCUACGGCGGGGCGCUUCCCGCCGCGCUGCACAAGGAAGUGCUGCAGCUGCGUGAAUGGGUCGCCAAUGGGGACCUAACGGACGACAUGGAGGACCUCUACACCCAAAUUCUCCAGCUACGCGGGGCAGCGGACCAUCUGCAGCCGGCCCUGCUCCGACCUCCGCAGACGAUGCCGUGGACGUCGACGCAGGCUGUUGUGGCCUUCAUCGAGGACGCCCCUUACCUCUACAGCGCUGCCUACGCCUUCGAUGUGCCCUCCCUCACGCAGAUCCUCACGCUGCCCUGUCACGCCACCGAAUCAACACUGCAUCAGCUGCAGACGGUGCUCUCCGCCCUUCAGUCGUGCGCGGACGUGACGAGUGAGAGGGACGCGCACUACGCGGUCUGCCGCAGUCUUCGUGUGUCCAUUGUGUCUUGCCCAGCCGCCAUCGCCACCACCACCGCGGCCGACAUCUCGCCUUCCUCGUCCGAUGUGUCUCGCUACAUCGCUGCGUUGCUGCGCCAGACAGUCCAGCGGGACGUCGCGGAAGCAAAACGCCUAAUUACCAUUCAGCGCUACGUCUCGCAUCUCCGCAAAGCCCUCGCGAUGUCGCCCACUGUCGGCGGGACACAGCGCCGCGCCGGCGUUCUCGAUCGUGCGACGGUGACCGCGGCCCUCGCCCACGACCCCCUGCCGGACGAUUUGCAGGUGAAAGAGACCGGGACGCCGGCUGACGUGCUGCAGCGCGUCAGCGGUAGCCGCGAUUUCUGGGCCGCGCUGGGGGCUGCAAUGCCGGCCCGCGACGUCAACGUGACGCUUGUCACAAAUGGCCGGCUUAUAGCAAUGGACGACACCUUCACCGCAUGGGACGUCCUCGAAGCGGCGCGGCAGAUGCUGCCCAUGACCAAAGCGAUUGAAGAGGCAGUGGUGAAGGUGAACUUCGCAGAGAUGACAUCCGUCGAUGCCGACGGCGCGCAGUUCACGUCAGAUGAGAUGGACAACGCCUUCUACGGCGGCAAAAUCGCGUGUCUCACCAGCGUCUUUGAGCACGAGAAGAUGGCGCACGAGGCCGUCAAGUCAGCCUCGCCGCUGGUGCGGGAGGAGCACCUAUUCGCGAGUGCGGAGGAUCGUAAGCGACUGCGGGCGGUACUCUUUUCUGUGAAUAACACCCCAAAUGGUGCAGCGUCAACGGGAGACGGGGAAGAGCUGCACCGCAUCACCGCCGUCGUGGACCCUUCCUCACGGGACGCUCAACUGAUCGUGUCUCUUGUGUCGUACCUUAUGGAAUCGCCGCUGCGGCUGCGCCUGACGGUGUUGUUAAACCCUUCACUGGAUGUUAAAUUCCCUAUUCGCGACUUCUACGAGUACGUGGCGAGUGCGAGGGUAAACUUCGACGCCUCGUCGGGUCGGGUGAUGGCCCCCGCGGCGACAUUCACGCAGCUGCCCGCGCGCGCGCUGCUCACCCUCGGCGUGGAGGAGCCACCGACGUGGACCGUCUUCUCUCAAGCCGCAGAGGAGGACCUCGACAACAUCCUGCUCUCGCAGCUGUCUCCCGGCACCCCUUUCGUCUUCGCGGUGUACCGGAUGCACUCUAUUCUCGUGACAGGCGAUGCGACGGAUGUGCUGGUGGGUCGGCCACCGGACGGCCUCCCGCUGUCUCUGACCACCGCCAACGCACGGAGCACCGAUACGCAGGUCAUGGCGAACCAGAACGGCUAUUACCAGCUGCAGGCGGGGCCGGGUCUGUGGUACCUCUCCGUGAAGCCCGGGCCGGUUGCUGCGGCGUACUGCAUCGAGGCCAUCGGGCCCCACCCGAUUCCGGCGUGUGCGGAGGGCAGAGGAGAGAUCAACUUCACACAAGGGCAGCACAUCCCGGUCGUAUUGGACUCCUUCAGUGGACGCUACCUGUCGCUGCGGGUGCGCCACACGCCGACGUCGUCGCUGCCGACCUCGGCGACAGGUGACGGUAGCGGGAGGGAUUUGCACGCGAUUUUGCAAAAGAUGGCGUCCGAUGUGACGCACACGUGGCCGCCGCCGUGGCGCGCGCGCGUGGCGAGGCCGCACCCACCGGCGAAGCCGACGCUGCACGUCUUCUCCGUCGCGUCCGGGCACCUGUACGAGCGUUUCCUGCGCAUGAUGUUCUACAGCGUGCACCGGACCUCCUCGGACAAGUACGGCGCGAACACCACCCGCAUUAAGUUUUGGGUUAUUGAGAACUUCUUGUCGCCGCAGUUCAAGCGGUACAUCCCGCUGCUGGCGGCAGAGCUGGGCUUUGAGGUGGGGUUUGUGACCUACCGCUGGCCGUGGUGGCUGCCACGGCAGACGGAGAAGCAACGAAAGAUCUGGGCAUACAAGAUCCUGUUCCUCGACGUGAUUUUCCCCCUGGAUGUCGACCGCGUUAUCUUCGUGGAUGCGGACCAGACCGCCCAGGCCGACCUUCACGAGCUCUACAACAUGGACAUCGGCAACAGUCCGGUGGCGAUGACGCCCUUCUGCCAGAAGUACCGGAAUGAAGCCACGGUGCCGUUCCGUUUCUGGGAGCACGGCUUCUGGGUCGACCACCUGCGCGGCAAGCCCUACCACAUCAGCGCCAUCUUCCUCGUGGAUCUGCGCCGGUUUCGUGCCAUGCUGGCCGGCGACAGCUACCGCUCCACCUACGCCAAUCUCGCGCUCGAUCCCAACAGCCUCGCCAACUUGGAUCAGGAUCUGCCGAACUACUUACAAGCGAACAUCCCCAUCUUUUCUCUGCCGGAGCAGUGGCUGUGGUGUGAGACGUGGUGCAGUGCGAAGAGCAAGUCAAAAGCGAAGACGAUCGACCUGUGCAACAACCCACUGACCAAGAUGCCGAAGCUCGACAACGCGAAGAUGGUCAUUCCCGGCUGGGAGGAACUGGACAACAAGCUGCAGAACAUGUCCGACUCGUUGCUUGGUCUCCAUUGA